UACAGCCCAGAGCAGGCACUGCAGCAGAGCGAGAGAGAGCAAACGGUCUCGGGAAAAGAACUGGGAACUGCUAUAUCGGCCUGAGAGUGAAGAGAGUGAGAGAGAAAGAGAAACCCUUGGGCAAGGAAGAUAAGGGAUUGUCAAGAGGUUUAGCAUGUGCUGCUUUCACUGCAUUAAUUGGAUUCUUACAGCACCUUGACCGCUGUCACCGCCUGCCAACUCUGCCUUCAUGUGAUGUCGGCCGGGAUCAGAUGGGAAGACGCAGGAACGCCGUUAACCCUGUGGUGACACUUUGUUUGUUUUCUGUUCUCCAGCUUGCCUUGCUCUUGCAUAUCAUCCCUACGGCUACUCCACCCAUUCCUUCAGCAAACACCGCUGAAUUAAUCAGAGCUGUCCGCACUAAGAGGAUCAAUCGCUUACGUGGUGCUUGACAGGAGCGGAGUACUUACUCUUUUGUUUGGGAGGGAAAUUUCCAGGACUUACUGAUCGAACCAGUCUCUACAUGGCAUCUGGGCAGUAUGCACCAGAAAGGGAUGGCAUGCACCUUUGGGUUUCCUUGGGGCACCGCUGUGCAUCUCAGACGUACAAAUGAAGCGCUUUCCCAAAACGGUUAUUAAUGCCGAGACUUCACGAUGUGGAUGUACCACAGUGAGUUUCAAAUCCCACACAAAAGGCAGCGGAAGGACCCUCGUUCUGCUCUGUGUUUGUUAUUUUUGCUUUACUACUAUGGAACAACCCCUUAACCCUUGAGUUUUUCUCCAACAUGCCAUUUUCUUGCCUUAAAAUUUGAUUUACACACUGUGUACAUUUAUAAAUGGGUGAAGUGUCUUCUCGAGACUCUUUUGUGGAAUAGCAUACCAAGAUGAUGUACUCUUCGUUGCUCCAAGUGGACUUCUUGUUUCAGAGAUGCUUGGAGCAGGUUUAAGUGGAGGCAUGUAAGUAGGGUGUAUAAUGGCUAUCACGAGGCCGGCAUAAGAGUUAUUUAUUUUUUAGAAGAGAGGAGCCAACCCGAACCACACCUUUGCUUAAAUGAAGACCGGCCGAAAUUACACAGGAAGGGAGAAAAAAAUGAUGCACGUCAACAAUUUCCCGUUCCGAAGGCAUUCCUGGAUAUGCUUUGACGUGGACAAUGGCACGUCGUCAGGACGGAGUCCUCUGGAUCCCAUGAUGAGUCCGAGUUCGGGCCUGAUCCUUCAGGCCAACUUUGUGCACAGCCAGCGGAGGGAAUCCUUCCUGUACCGCUCCGACAGUGACUAUGACCUGUCGCCAAAGACCAUGUCCCGAAACUCCUCCAUCGCCAGUGACAUGAAUAACCACCUGCCGAGACCGGGUCUGGUCUCUCGGAGAUCUGAGCCGGUUAUUAGUGGAAAUCAUGGAGAUGACCUCAUCGUCACGCCGUUUGCACAGGUGCUGGCUAGUUUAAGGACGGUACGGAAUAACUUUGCAGCGUUAACCAACCUCCAGCAAGAUCGAACAUCCAACAAGCGAUCCCCCAUGUGUAAUCAGCCUCCUCUCUCAAAGGCCUCCUUCACAGAGGAGGCCUACCAGAAACUGGCCACCGAGACCCUGGAGGAGCUGGACUGGUGCCUGGACCAGCUGGAGACCCUGCAGACCCGACACUCCGUCAGCGAGAUGGCCUCCAACAAGUUCAAGCGGAUGUUGAACAGGGAGUUAACGCACCUGUCUGAGAUGAGCAGAUCUGGUAACCAGGUCUCAGAGUUCAUCUCCAACACAUUUUUAGACAAACAGCACGAUGUGGAAAUGCCCUCCCCACAGACUCAGAAGGAGAAAGACAAGAAGAAAAAGCCCAUGUGUCAGAUCAGCGGAGUGAAAAAACUCAUGCACAGCACCAGCCUGACCAAUUCCAACAUCCCUCGCUUCGGGGUCAAGACGGAUACAGAAGACUCCUUAUCCAAGGAACUGGAGGACAUAAACAAAUGGGGCCUUAAUGUUUUUAAAGUCACAGAGUUUUCAGGCAACAGGCCUUUAACGGUGAUGAUGUACACUAUAUUUCAGGAAAGGGAUUUACUCAAAACAUUUAAAAUUCCCUUGGACACUUUCAUAACGUACCUGAUGACCUUAGAAGACCAUUAUCAUGCCGAUGUUGCGUAUCACAAUAACAUUCACGCUGCUGACGUCACCCAGUCCACACACGUGCUGCUCUCCACGCCUGCUCUGGAGGCGGUUUUCACGGACCUUGAAAUCCUCGCUGCCAUUUUCGCCAGUGCUAUUCAUGAUGUGGACCACCCGGGUGUCUCCAACCAGUUCCUUAUUAACACCAACUCGGAGUUGGCCCUCAUGUACAAUGACUCGUCGGUGCUGGAAAACCAUCAUCUGGCGGUGGGCUUCAAACUGCUGCAGGAGGAGAACUGUGACAUCUUCCAGAACCUGAACAAGAAACAGAGACAAUCGCUGCGCAAGAUGGUCAUCGACAUCGUCUUGGCGACUGAUAUGUCCAAACACAUGAACCUGCUGGCCGAUCUGAAGACCAUGGUCGAGACCAAGAAGGUCACCAGUUCUGGAGUCUUGCUCUUGGAUAACUACUCCGACAGGAUACAAGUGCUUCAGAACAUGGUGCACUGUGCGGACCUCAGUAACCCCACCAAACCCCUGCAGCUGUACAAACAGUGGACGGACCGCAUCAUGGAGGAGUUCUUCAGUCAGGGCGACCGAGAGCGGGAGCGAGGGAUGGAGAUCAGCCCCAUGUGUGACAAACACAACGCCUCUGUAGAGAAGUCUCAGGUGGGCUUCAUUGACUACAUCGUGCACCCGCUGUGGGAGACGUGGGCCGACCUCGUCCACCCGGACGCCCAGGACAUCCUGGACACAUUAGAGGACAACAGAGAGUGGUACCAGAGCACCAUCCCACAGAGCCCGUCUCCCGCUCCCGACCAAUCCGAGGACGGCAGCCGCUCCGCCGGAGCAGACAAGUUCCAGUUCGAACUGACGCUGGAGGAGGACGGAGAAUCAGACACGGAGAAAGACAGCGGCAGCCAGGCCGAGGAAGAGGAGGAGGAGGAUGAAGAAGAAGAGGACGACAACAGCUGUAGUGAUUCCAAAACUCUCAUCACACAGGACUCGGAAUCCACUGAGAUUCCAGAAGCGGAGGAGGGAAUAUCGGAGGAGGUUUCCACAGAACCCAGCAUGGUGGAGGAGGACGAUGAGGAAGACGAGGAGGAGCAGUCAGCAGACACGUAGCAGCACGUCUGGACGGCCCAAACUAGCUGCCGCGACACAAAUAUUUAAUAAUAGACAAUGAAAUUGAGUUCCAAAGCGCACGUUGCACUCCGAGACCUCGGCCGCUCCUCUCUCGCUCUCUUUCUCUUUUCCGUCUCUCUACGAGCUGCCUGGAGACGAGAGGACACUAAGACUUCAGUAGGUUGUCGUUUUAUUUGCACUCAGGAAUAAUAUUUAGUCCUCUGUUUUUUCAAGCUUGGUUUGUUUACCUCCUCCUCCUCGUCCUCGGUGGUUCUCUGUGGACAGUGACAGAGAGGAAAUUCUCCGCACAAAGCAAUCAGAGGAGACGCCAGCGGGGAUUCAAAGAGACCUUCUUUUCUACGUUUGAAGUCUUCCUAAACUUUUGACCGAGAAAAAUUUCACAAAAGACAAAAACAGCCAAGAGCUGUCAUGGCCUCUUCGAUGAUUUUGUACGGUAUACACAGAUUUUUUACAUAAUUACUUUUUAAAUAACAAAACAGCAGCUGUGCGUUUUUGAGGAAACUCCGCGUGAAGAGUAACUUGCGAGUACGUGACAUGGGUUGUGCGUUCGCCACCGUAUUCACAUCACUGCUGUCCCACACCGUCCUUUCUGAAGCAGUCCUUACAUCUUUGUCUCUUUUACUUCGUCAAACACUUUACCUCCAACGAGCCUCUUAAUACACCUACAGAUGAUUUAUGUGCGUUCAAUUCAUAUCUGAUUUAUUUCUGCCUUGUUUUGGAGCAGUUAUUUCAGCAACACUGCACUUGAAGCCUGUAAAAAAAAAAAUAUAUAUAUAUAUAUAUGUAUAAAAUAUGUAAAAUAUAACUUUAAAGUAUUAACAUUACAAGCACCUAAUUAAUAUUAAUACACUAAGUCUCAUAUAUAUAUAUAUAUAUAUAUUAGGGGUGUAACGAUACGCGUAUUCGUAUUGAACCGUUCGGUACGACGCUUUCGGUUCGGUACGCGGUACGCAUUAUGUAUACCGAACGGUUCGUUGGAGUAAUGAAUUAUAUUUGAAAAAAAAAAAAAAAAAAGAGAGAGAUAGAAAUAUAAUGAUAUGCGUUCAACAAGGUAGCCCAAUAACCCAAACAACGUAACAGGCAACGCCCCUGACACUCCCGAAGAAGAAAAAAACACCAUCUUAUAUGUUUAUGUUAGGCUACUCAGCAGGCGCUCGCUCACUCAGUACGCGCUGAAGGCUCGUUGCAAAAUAGCCAAUGCGUUUAACAGACUAGAAAUGAGAAGAUCCCCCAAUAACCAACAGGUCUGGUGUUUGGGUGCACUUUGGAUUCCCUUUAAGCUAUAAUGGUGAUGGCAAGAGAGUGGUGGAUAAAAAAACAACGGUAUGUCGCAUCUGCAACAUGACAGGGUACACCAGCGGGAAUAAAAAAAAAAAAAAAAAAAAAACACCAGCGGGAAUAUCUGGGAUAUAUGCGUCAGUACUAUCUGGGAAAAGACGAAAAAAAGGAGAAACAUGCACGCAGCAAACUAUCCCUGCAGCAUUUAGAAACUAUAGCUUACAGGGAAUCCAACCCAAACACCAGACCUGUUGGUUAUUUUAGGAUCUUAUAUUUCUGGUCUGUUAAAUGCAUUAGACAUUUUGCAACGAGCCUUCAGCGCGUGCUGAGUGAGCGAGCGCCUUAGGUCACAUAUCGCUCCUAAAAACGCGUGGAAAACGCUAAGCACGUCUUUCUCCUCCUUUCCAAAGCGCUCGGGCAGAAGCGCUCAUGAGGCGUCUGUCUUUGCUAAGCAACAAUGACGUGCUCUCUCCAUGAGACGCGGAAAUUUCAGCGAAGGAUAAAUGGAUUUGCAGCUCUAAAAAUCGCUUGCAGUAGUUCUGCUACUAAAUUUAUUUCAAAAUUUCAAUCCAUAUACAACUACGAUCAGCUGUUCCUUCAUCUUGGCUGAGCUCUCAACCUUGUUACGGGAAAGGAUGAAGCUGAUUGGUUGGUUCUUGUCACAUGACCCGCGGUGCGCUUGCGGCAUUCUGAAAAGUUGAGAUGUUUUUACAUUUUGCUGUAUCUAAAACGUAUCGAACCGAACCGUGACAUCAGUGUAUCGUAUCGAACCGAACCGUGAAUUUUGUGAACCGUUACACCCCUAAUAUAUAUAUAUAUAUAUAUAUAUAUAUAUAUAUAUAAUGACACAUAUUAAUGCAAAUAAUAUGAAUUAUUAAAAUAUUCAUAUACAUUACAGGCAUCAAGUAAUGUGUAACCAAACAUAGGGCUUUUAAGAACUUUAUUAUUGAUGUUUGUUUAACUGCUCAGACUGACAAAAAAACAUUCAGCCAUUUAUCUGCAGCACUUCCAUUAUGAAGAUUUUUUUAUAGCGUGUGAGACUGAUUUUCUUUCCUUUUGCCUUGUUUAGUUUUCACCUGCUGGAUCUCACACGCUGAGCGCCUGAAACUAAAACUCCCAGAAACCACAUCCAUCCUGUGCAUGCGUAUUCUACAGUCGGAGAGUGUUUGUCAUGCAAUGCCUUUCAAAAUCCCCUGUUUCCCCAUCCGUCCUCAUUCAUUAGAUCAGAGAUCUCCUCUUAGGGCUAGAUGCAGUUAAGCGUCACAAUCCACAUUUCCAUUUCAUGCCCAAACUUCCCUCGCGCUCCGGACACGCACUAUGUGACACGUGGCUUUUAAUAAGGACUUAUUUAUAUCUGUAUAUGGUUUUAAUUUAUUGUUUGGCUUCUGUUUGAAAGCAGUACUGUAGACCAUCACCUGUAGCAUCGAGCGUGUGGACUUGUAAGUUACUGGCCUCCUGUUUUUGGUCGUGUACAUAGAACAAACUUUUUAAAGUCUGUAGUUAAUAUAAUACGCUCACAGAAACUUGAAACCUGGCUCGAGUUGAACUGAUUCUGUUAUUUAAGUUUGUGCCAUGAUAUUCUUUCCUCACCAGAUGACCUUACCUGAUUAUUUUUUUUGUUAUAUAUCUCUAUAUUUUUUGUUUGUUUGUGUUUUUUCCCCCGCUGUUUACAACAAUGUAUUUAUUUUGCUGUAUAUAUUGUAAUGUUUGUUGUAAAUGAUGACAGAUUCUAAACUUCAUCCCGGAUGGAGUUGCUGUAUUUGGUAAACUCUUGUUGAGAGAAUGUUUAUUAUUAUAAAUAAUAUCCAAUGUAAAAACAAAAAAAUGACGACGAUGAUGAUAAUAUUCUGUAUAAAAACGAGAAGGUCACCUUCAAACGUGUUUCUGGAGAUCUGGGGAAAGCCAAACCAUUAGAGACGAGUCACGCUGGCGUUUGGCCCCAGGGCUGUGCCUUAACUUAAAAACUCUGUUUGUGUCUGUUUGGUCUCUUUACGUGUUUCAAAGAACGAUGUCUGCUGCCAGGGUAUCAGGGCAUCUUAUGCGCCGCAUUUAAAGCUAAAGCUUAGGAUGCCUUGGGUUACUUCUUUUCAUUUGUAGGUCCAAAAAAAGUGGCACCGCGGCUGCAAUAGUCCCAGGACGGAUCGGUUUGCCCUAGAGGUGCUUGGCUGCUUGUGAUCUUUUACUUUCAUGCUGUUCUUUAACUUCGUUCAGGUACCAUCUGCUACCUUCAUCUCAUCCAGCCUUGUAGAUGUGCUUGUGCACUAAACUGAACGAGUCCUAGAGUUUCAGAUGUUAGAUGAGCAUACUUUGACACGCAUACUGUAGAUUUUAGCAGCCCUGGACCAAAGCCAAUCGUGGCUAUUAUUAUUAAUUACUGCUAUUUUUUCAGUUUCAUUAAAAGGAUAACAUUUGAUAAGUUCUGCUGAUUAAAAACUGAAACACUUCUUUCAGUCUCUUACAGUCUUUUGCUGGUACUGUAGAUCCAUCUCCCAUCAGUUUCAAGUCCAUAAACAAGAAAAAAGACAGAAAAAAACAUUUUAUAUGCAACAAAUGAAAUAAAAGCAUGGGUUGAUUCCA